CAUCAGGAGCGGGAGCAAAACAGCAGGAGCCGCGUCUAUCUGGUCUCCGCCGCCUGUGUGCUGCAGUGCCCAGUCUGCAGCACGUCAAUCUCGAUGAAUGUAAACAGUGCGCGUCGUUAACACACGGCGAUUAAAACACGCGAACGAUAAAUGAAAAUUGCGACGCGACUUUCCAACAUUCAGCGCAAUCAUGUCGACGGUGUCUUACGGGCAUAACCUGCUCUUAUCAUGCGUCCUGCUGUUAGGAAUGAGUGUCUGCCUGUCGGACGCAAUUCGCUGCUACGUCUGCGGGCCGAUUGAGAAAGGUUUCAAUCAGACCUGCGAGCUUUUUCUGCUCAAUGUUACGCGCUACGAGCAGCAAUGUCCGGAGUCGUAUUUCGGAUGUAGUACACAUUUUGAAGGUGUCGAAUCACGAAGGGAAUGCGAACGUAUGCGCAUGAAUGACUGCAAGAAAGCGAACAACAUCGAGUAUUGUUACUGCUCAACGAACCUCUGCAAUGGAAUAACUCCACAACUACAAGAUCAAAACGAUCAGAACACCGACGAUGAGGACAUCUUGGAUGGCGCAGGCAGCGGAGAUAGGCCACCAGGCAUACACGCGUCAAACGCACCAAACGAUAAAAACGGCUUCAACGUUAUAGUCGAAGAGGUCGGCGGAAACAGCAUCGAAACAAAUAGUAUCGAGACCAAAACCAGUGGUGCUCAUAUUACCACAGCCACCAUGAGCUUACAAUUACUAUUAACAGUAUUAAUUAUGCGUAAUAAUUAAGAUAAGAGUUUAAAUUUUGUGUAACGUAACGAAAAGCUUUGCAAAUUUUUACUUUACGCACAAAAAUUUUGAAUAUUGAUGAUGAAAAUUCGUAGAACGAUGAAAGAUGAAAGAAAACGAACGAUUAAAGUAAAAAAACAAGCUCAAAACAAUGCCAAAGCUAUUUACAUACAACAAAUGAUAUGAGUAAGAGGAAAAAAAUUGGAUGAGUCAUGAUAAUCUGCCAAAAAAAGUGCGACACUUGUGGUGGCUUGGAUAAGUUGAUGCAAAUUCACAAAUUGACCAUGAAAUGAUGUCAUUUCAAAUAAUGUAUACCAAAUACCACGAAAUGAUUCAAGUAAUCAGCGUUGAAUGUUCUCGGAAUGAUUGCAAGUGCCACCGCAGAUGUGGCAAACAGAAACAAGUAGUGAUUCUCGGCGUGCUUCCAAACCAAGCGAAAGUAUUAGAAAGAUAACUAGAUAGUGACGAACAGUAUUAGCCUACAGUACGUACCUUUUGUUAGUGUUAGCGCUUCUCACAUAAAAUAUUAUUUAUUGAACAAAGUCUAUAUACACAGUCUACGCGAUGCAACUUAUUGCAUUUUAUUGUUAUUUAUUGCAAUUUCUAGCGGUCAGAAAUAAUUGCAGUGUGUUGAUUAAGGCGUGAAAUGUUUCAAUUUGGAUCAAUUACUAAGUCUUCCUAAUAUUAACCGAAAUGAAAAGUUGUUUGGAUGUACGCAACUUGCCAGUAAUUUUAGAAACAUGUAAUGUGCAAUUAAACUAGUCUUCUCCCUACAACUAAUACUAAAACACUACGUUGGAAUUGUAUAUUUAUUUAUAUUUUUAGAUAGCUUUAUAUGAAUGCGUAUGAAAAUAUAUUAUUUUCUGCUUUUAAA